AUGAAGUACGCUUUCAUCUUCGUUGCCACCGCAGCAGCCUACGAUUACGGAUACGGCGACGCCAAGCACCAGGCCGACUCAACUCCUACUCCCACUCCCAAGCACACUCCUACUCCUACGCCUACCCCCGAGCUCGCCGGAUACCCCACCAUUGAUCCCGGCUAUGGCGCGCCUCCCGUGACGGUGACCCGACAGAACCAGCCGUACCCAAGCUGCGCAUCUGCUGCCCCCGGUGGCCACGGCUGCGCCAAGUGGGAGAAGGGCACCUUUGUCUCGACCGUCAUUCGCGACUGUGACAACAACUAUGUUACUGUAACAAACACCGACCAGACUAUUACCAUCUCACGCACCAGGACCGUCAUCAAGCAUACUCCCACCCCUGAAGUCGGACAUGGUGCCCCGUACGGAGCGCCCAACGGCGGCCAUGCCGCGCCUACUGGUGGACACGCUGUGCCCACUGGCGGCCAUGCUGCUCCUUCAGGUGGAAAUGGUGCUCCCUCAGGUGGACAUGGUGCUCCCGUGGGCGGAUAUGGUGCUCCCAACGGCGGACAUGGUACUCCUACCGGCGGCCAUGCCGCGCCCACAGGUGGACAUGGUGCUCCUUCAGGUGGAAAUGGUGCUCCCGCAGGCGGACAUGCUGCUCCCACAGGCGGCCAUGCUGCUCCCACAGGCGGCGCCCACAACGAAGACCCUGCAGGCACAUGGUACGAGCUGUACGAGAAGACUGAGGAGGCCAAGUACAAGGACCUGGGACCCCACGCUCUCCCUGGAUACGGUGGCUCUGGUCUCUGCGACGAAGGCGAAACCAAGCAGUCUGUUCACGUCAAGGAACUCAAGGACGGAAAGACUCACGAAUACAACCGUACGCACUACUACCGCGGAAGCACCAAGCCAAAGGGCCAUGGCGAAUCUAAGCCAGAGGGUCAUGCUUCCAAGCCUGAAGAACCCGCUGCCUCCAAGCCAAAAGAGCCUGUUCCAUCCAAGGCAGCCAAGUCGGCUGUCCCCACGCCAAAAGCCUCCAAGGGAGCCUCCAAGACCACUGAUUUCAUGGGCCUUCCCCUCGGCGGCCUGGUCCCCGGUGCAGCAGUUCCGGAGCCCGCAGCCGCCAGCGAGACGCCCAAGGUUGGUGGCGAUGCUAAGAAGCCUGUAGCCGAAGAGUCCGAGGAGACCAAGACUGAGAAGUCGGAUAAGACUGAGAAGGAGAACAAGUCUGAAGAUGACGACGAGGAGAAGUCCCCAGCUUCAGCCGAAGAGGAGAUUGUGUCGGACGAUAACUCCCCGCUCGACAGUGUCCCCUUCCUUUCCGACUUUUUCGGCUCGAGCGACAAGGAGUCUAUGAAGCCUGAGUCCUCUGAGGAGAAGCCUGUCGAGUCCUCUGAGGAGACUUCCGAGUCCACCGAGGAGCCUGCCACUCAAGAGCCCGAGGCAUCCAACGAGGUGGCUGAGCCCGAGGAGCCUCUCGCCAAGAAAUCAAACUGGGCCGGCUACGCUUCUGACUUCAGCACCUAG